CGCGGCGGCCGUCGCAACUCUGCACCACCUUCAUCACCAUUCAUACGGACACUACUGCUGCCACCAAGAUGAAGGGAAAACGCAGCAAAACCUACCGGAAAUUGAUGCAAAAGUACCAGCUCACCUUCGACUUCCGCGAACCCUACCAAGUCCUGCUCGACGCCGAUCUCAUCAAAGAUGCUGCGCGAUUCAAAAUGUCACUGGGCAAGAUGCUCGAAUCCACCCUGCACGGAGAGAUCAAACCCAUGAUCACCCAGUGCUGUAUCCGACAUCUCUACACUUCACCCGACGAUCCACUGAAAGCAUCGUGCAUCGAAGUCGCAAAGCAGGCCGAGAGGCGAAGAUGUGGGCACCACGAACUGCCUGAGCCACUAAGCGCCUUAGAAUGCAUUAACAGUGUGGUGGAUCCGAAGGGAAGUGGCUUCAACAAGCACCGCUACGUGGUGGCCAGUCAGGACGACCAGUUGCGGAGAAAGAUGAGGACCAUCGUAGGAGUGCCGCUGGUGUACAUCAAGAGAAGCGUGAUGAUCCUCGAGCCGAUGGCCGAUGUGAGCGAGGGCGUGAGGGAGAAGGAAGAGAAGGCGAAAGUAAAGGCUGGCUUGAGUGGGAGAAGAAGUGCAGGGAAUCCCACUCCCGGCGAGAAGAGGAAGAGGGAGGAAGACGACGAGGACAGUGAGGCAGACGGAGCGCGAGGGACAGAGGCUGCACAGAAGAAAAAGCAAAAGCGAAAGGGACCGAAAGGCCCAAACCCACUGUCUGUCAAGAAAUCAAAGAAAGAUGCACAGCCAAACCUAUCCCAAAAGCAGGACAGCGAUGAGAAAACAAUAUUACAGAAGAUGGUGAAAACCGAUCCUCAGGCAGCGGAGAAAGUGGGCAUGCACAUCGCAGCAGACGGGAACUCAGAAGCUCCCAAAAAGCGCAAACGCAAGAGAAAGCCCAAGGAUGCUGUAGAUCAUGGCGGCGUAGCAUUAGGAACGAUGGACGCCGGCAAUGAUAGUGACUGAAGAAGUCGUACGAAGUGCUCUCAUGCACCUAACUCCCUGGCGGGCCACGUCGCUCACACGAGCAUACCGAGAACAGCCACACGCUUCAUUCGGUAUCCACUCCGACAAGAGAUAGCCCGAUUCGUCUUCGGCAGUCGAAGUGAGAAUUUCCCGCGCGGAUGCCAGAUGUUCCAGGGAUGCUGGCCAACUGGUAGCGCGAGUGAAGUGCAAUCGCGGCCAUUGCCCAAGCCAUCAGUAAACGUCGCACAGAAGCUAUAAUAUGCAUGCGGUCGAAGCUGCAAAGUACUUGCAGCCAUCGAACUGUUGUGCACUCUUGCGGCAGGCCAGCCUCACCCGAGACCGAUGAAUCCCAUUCGAAGCUCGAACAAGAGCUCAGUCAACAAAUUUAUGCUGCAGCACACUUGUGACAGCAUUGCAGACCUACCUCCUAGCUAUGUAUAGUGUAUGGCCAAGGCGACUCGGAUGCCAGACCCGGUCUUAAGCUGGUGCCACCACGACGCCCCGAGAAAGUGGUGGACGUUGAUCAUUGCCUAUUGACGACAAUGCGCGGGGGGUUUCGUCGAUGUUCCUUCGGUCCAACGUGCACUUUUACCGCUCCACGAAAUCGUUAUCCUGGGAUCGCCAGAUGCUUGCCAUAUUCGAAUCUGAAGACGACCGUCGCGUUGUGCUCAGUACACUCCCGAUGCAAGCCUGACUUGCUCGUACCACUCCCC